ACUGGCAGCUUAGUGUCCCCUUCUGCAUUCCACCCGCAAGGCAUCACAGUUGCAAUGAGGACUUCAGAAGAGCAAACUGCCACGACAGUUUUACAGCGUUUGCUGCAGGAGCAGCUACGAUAUGGGAACCCAAAUGACAGCCGCAACCUUCUUGCCUUGCACCAACAAGCCACAGGUAAUGCACCCCCUUUUGCCAGCCCUGGGAGCCCAGGGGUUCCAAACGAAGGGCUGAGCCCCCAAGACCAUCAGAUUGGCACCCAUGUUGCUCGCCAGGAGCCUCAGGGCCAGGAGAUACAAAUGGACAACAGCAUCAUGGAAAAGCAGCUCUCCACAAGGCUCCAGAAUAGCGAAGAUCUCCCAACCUAUGAGGAAGCCAAAGUCCAGUCUCAAUAUUUCAGGGGCCAGCAGCAUGCCAGCGUUGGGGCGGCGUUUUAUGUGACAGGAGUCUCCAAUCAGAAGAUGAGGACUGAAGGGCGCCCCACUGUUCAGCGGGUGAGCCCGGGCAAAGUCCACCAGGAUGAAGGACUUAAGGACCUUAAGCAAGGACAUGUUCGCUCCCUGAGUGAGAGGCUGAUGCAGCUGUCACUAGCCACCAGCGGUGUGAAGGCCCAUGCUCCUGUCACAAGUGCCCCCCUGUCUCCACUUUCCUCCCAGCAGACAAAUGACUUGUACAAGAGCUCAGGGGCCAGUGAGUUCUAUAAAAGCUCUGUACCAAGCCCUCCUCAGUCAAGCAUGAAAGGGAUGGAGCACAGAGGUCCCCCUCCAGAAUAUCCUUACAAAAAUAUGUGUACCCCACCUAUGAGCUGUAAGCCACAGGAUCCUGGGCAUUUCUAUGGUGACCAUCGCAUGGCCCAGCAAGGCAGAUCUGAUGGGCCCAUGAUGAGGUACCAGCAUCCUCCUGAGUAUGGAUCAGUCAGGCAAAACCCAGAUCUCCAGCUGCAUUUACAACAGAGAUCUCCUCACCAUCACAGCCCAACAUCUUCACUAACAUCUUUGGGGUCUUUGACAUUGCUGCAAUCUCUGCCACCAUCCAGGCUGUCUCCUUCUCAGCAUCAGCCUCCACUUACUCCCAGCCAAGGAGAUCCAUUCUCUCUGCCACGAACCCAGCAGCUGUUUCUGUCCAACCAAGUCCAUCAGGGAGAUCUUUACCGGCUGUGUCAACCUGUUAUUGGACAACAGCAACAUCCACAAGGGGAUUCGUACUCAGCACUGCCAAGGCCUCAGCCAGUGCCUUCUCCUUACCAGCAGUUGACUGUGGAUCCUUUUGCCAUUGUCUCCAGGGCCCAGCAGAUGGUGGAGAUCCUGUCGGAGGAAAAUAGGUCUCUACGGCAAGAGCUAGAUGGGUGUUAUGAAAAAGUAGCAAGGCUUCAAAAGUUGGAAACAGAAAUUCAGCAAGUUUCAGAGGCCUAUAAAAAUCUGGAAAAAUCUUCCUCAAAGAGGGAAGCCUUGGAAAAGGCUAUGAGAAACAAGCUGGAAGGGGAAAUCCGCAGGCUUCAUGAUUUCAACAGGGACCUCAGAGAACGCAUGGAGACAGCUAACAAGCAGUUGGCAGAAAAAGAGUUUGAGGGUUCUGAGGAUAACAGGAAAACAAUCUCCCAGCUCUUUGCACAAAACAAAGAAACCCAGAGGGAGAAAGAGAAGCUGGAGGUUGAACUGGCAGCUGCUCGCUCCACAAACGAGGAUCAGCGGAGGCACAUUGAGAUUCGGGACCAGGCCUUGAACAAUGCUCAGGCCAAGGUGGUGAAACUGGAGGAAGAGGUUAAGAAGAAGCAUGUUUAUGUGGACAAGGUGGAGAAGAUGCAGCAGGCAUUGGCUCAGCUGCAGGCUGCCUGUGAAAAACGGGAACAGUUGGAACAUCGGCUCAGAACUAGGCUGGAGAGGGAGCUGGAAUCUCUCCGGAUGCAACAGCGACAGGGUACAUCUCAACCAGCUAGUGUCUCUGAGUGCAAUGCCACCUCCCUUAUGGAGCUCCUGCGUGAAAAGGAGGAAAGGAUCCUUGCUCUGGAAGCUGACAUGACCAAGUGGGAACAGAAGUACUUAGAAGAAAGUGUGAUGCGUCAGUUUGCGUUGGAUGCAGCUGCUACUGUUGCUGCACAGAGGGACACCACAGUCAUCAGCCACUCCCCCAGUGCCAGUUACGACACUUCCCUGGAAGCCCGCAUUCAGAAGGAGGAGGAGGAGAUUCUGCUGGCAAACAGGAGGUGCCUUGACAUGGAAGGCAGGAUCAAGACUCUCCAUGCUCAGAUCAUUGAGAAAGACGCCAUGAUUAAAGUGCUCCAGCAACGGUCCCGAAAGGAGGCCAGCAAGACCGACCAGCUGUCUUCCAUGAGACCAGCCAAGUCCCUGAUGUCAAUCUCCAACACAGGGUCCGGCUUGCUUUCCCACUCCUCCACACUGAGCAGCACUCCCAUUCUGGAAGAGAAGAGGGAAGACAAGAGCUGGAAAGGCAGCUUAGGUGUUCUGCUGGGAACAGAAUGCCGCUCAGAAUCCAUCCCGUCAACCCCCUCACCCGUUCUCCCUUCUACUCCACUACUCUCUGCACAUUCAAAAACGGGCAGCCGAGACUGCAGCACUCAGACAGAUCGGAGCAGCGAGCAGAACAAGAUGCCUGUCUCUGCAGCUGCACCUCCUGUGCAGGGGAGGCUCCCUGCUAUGAGUCUGUCCUACACUGCAGAGAAAGCAGAUGGCUCAGUUUUCCAUUCCAGCACUCUGGAAAGAAAAAACCCCAUUCAGUGUUUGGGGCAGGACCUCAGUGAUGCAGAAAUGGUGGAGUAUCUUAUCUGAAGAAACACAAAGCUGGAGUGAAAUAGCAAGAAUCAACCCUCUCGGACUUUUUUUAUUAGCAUAUUGUAGUACCUGAUUCAUAAAGGAAUGUACAGUUGCAUGCUGCAGUAUAUGCAUUCUCAAAAGUGUGGACAGGUUAAUUGAUGAUUGGUUCCAAAAUGGUAAAGUAGAUUUGAUCUCUUUGAGAUGAUUUUCCGCAAAACAAAAAUAUUGGAUCUGGUAGCAUCUGGAUAAAAUCAAGGUCUUAAAUGCACUACUUUUUUAAUGUCAGUAUUUUUUAAUAAAAACUUGUAUUUUUUAAGAAAAGAAAAAUCACUGUUAGGCAUUGAAGUCUAAAUGCCUUUACAAAGCCUGCCACCACCAGGUUUUCCAGUGGCCACACAAUAUCGCGGUGCUGUCAUUUUUCGUUGUCAUUUAAGUGUCCUGAAUAUUCUGAUAUUUCUGAGAAUAAUUACAUGAACCUCCAAGAGAUAUAAGGAAACUCUCCUCGGAAGCGGGUGUCUUGUUUUCACUAAACAUUCCAGGAUGGAGGAAAUGUGUAUUGCAAAGUGUCUGCACUUCGGUAUUUUUUUCCUCUCAGCAUUCUUUCCUGUUAGACACCCUGAGAUUAAGAGAGUUUCCAUUUUUAUAUACAGCAGUGUCAGCUUAUUCUGCUUCUGUUCUCUAUGAUUUUAGCUGUCUUGACUGAAAGCUCCCCUGCAUUCUGUUAGUGGCUUUGUAUCCAACCUCGGCAUUUCUCAGGAGCUGAGCUUUGAGUCUUCACAUGACCAAACUGAAGAUUUUUUUAUCUUGUGUUUUCCAGACUUCCAAAAUACUUUGUUAGACUCCCCACCUCAUCCCAGGUCAGCAGCUUUCCUUCGGAUACUUGUAUUUUAACACAUAAGAAUUUAGUGCCUUACUGAAGAUAAUGCUGACAUUGGAGUCAGUGUUUUAAGAAAUAAAGAAAUCAUCCAGGUU